AUGUUGUGUUAUUGUCUGUACAAGAGAGAAGUGGCGAGGGAAACGGACCAACAUAAAAGUGUCGAGAACAGCGGAUUUAUUCAGAAAAACGUAACGAAAACCAUUUUAGUGUGGAACGGCGUCAGAAGGAAGGAAGUUCGAGUUUUUGGACAAGGUGACCAAAUUUUUGUCAACCAAAGUUGCCCCGUCAAUCGCUGUGAGAUCGUCACCAGUCGGACCGAACGUCCGAUCGAAAGUUACGACGCCAUCAUCGUCGUCUUUCACGACGAAUUAAUUACUCCCUAUGAGCUGAAAAUGCCAGAAUUCCCAAACGGACGCAACCCGAAUCAACGUCUCAUCUUUUUGACCCAGGAGCCUCCGACGAGUUUGAAACGUUAUUACAACACGAGCCAAUUAACUAAUUUUUUCAACUGGACCAUGACGUACAGAAUGGACUCUGACAUUCCAUUUCUUUACGGUCGGGUCCUGCCUAAAGAGACGGCGCCUCGAACUCCAAAUGAAAUUGCACAUUACAGAGAAAUUGCUAAAAACAUCAGUAAACCUCUGCUGAAACCCGAAUUGCGCAACAAGACGAAAAAGAUCGCUUGGAUGGUCUCUCAUUGUGAAACGCACAACCAACGAGAAAAGUACGUGGCAGAACUCCAGAAAUAUGUCGACGUGGACAUUUAUGGCAAGUGCGGCAAUGGCAAGUUGUUCUGCCCACGUCACGGAAUGUUUCAUUCUGAGCCGCAUUGCAACAAAGUCAUUGAAUCCACCUACAAGUUUUAUCUCUCAUUUGAGAACUCCUUCUGCAAAGAUUAUGUUACCGAAAAGUUUUUCAAAAUCUUGGAUCUUUACAUGAUUCCGAUUGUUUAUGGAGGGGCCGACUACACCCAACACGCGCCACCCCAUUCCUACAUCGACGCACGAAAAUUCAAACCGAAAGAAUUGGCCGCUUAUCUGAAAAUCCUCGACGCCGACGACGCCCUUUACAACGAAUAUUUCUGGUGGAAGGAUCACUAUCGCGUUGAGUUCAUCACGGAAAAUACAGCACGUCACGGUUUCUGUAGUCUCUGUCAAAAGUUGCACGACAUUCAAACUCCAUUUCAAUCAUAUGCCAUUCAAAGAGUGAUCUCUGAUUUGGGCGAUGACAGCAAAUGCCCUCCCUUCGAUCCCAACGGGAUAUCGUAA